GGUCAGCCAAUCAGAGGAGACCAUACCUCUCCGUGGGCCAGCGCUGGGAUAAUGUUCUUCACAGCUGUUUUUUUUCCUCUCUUUCUGAAGUCAUGGCAGGAUUCAGGCAGGAUUAAACUUCCAGUUUGCUGAACGGUGAAUAAACUCGGAACUUUUACCGCUGAGACCUGCGCGCACAGCCCCGUCUGGUGAGGUAAUGUCUCUGAAAUGUUCAAAUGCCAUUCCCAGCUGCAGCGGGCUGUAGCCCCAGGCUGCUCCGGGUUUGCUUUUUAAGCUUUGUCCCAGUUGAAACAGUUGAUCCGGGACCAUGAGGACGCUCCGCUCCGAAGUCUCUGCUCGGUUCGGCUUGAACGAGACCAAGAAUUUCCAACUGUCCGCAGCCGGAUUGUGAGGAAGCGUGAGGUCCGGUGGUGACCCAGUCCGGACGGCAAGACCUCAGCAGACCCUGCCGGGAUUACUGUGGAAGAAGUCCGAAAACAAAGGAAACUUUUGUUGUUCUUUCAUUCCCCUCCGCUGGGAACAAACUCAGGAGUUUGGAGAAAGUUCAGAAAGUUUUGACGCACGCGCGCGCUCCCUUUGAUGUGAGCGCCGACAGGUUCUUCUGAUCCAGGUGGUUCCAGGUGAGAGGAUGGUGGAGAGCCGCAGCUGCGUCCAGAGAGAGGGGGUGUACCGCUGGUUCUCCACCCUCACCUCCGCCCAGAGAGCGGAGUUCCUCUGCGGCCUGCUGGACCUCUGCGUCCCCAUCGAGCUGCGCUUCCUCGGCUCCUGCCUGGAGGACCUGGCCCGCAAGGACUACCACUCCCUGCGGGAUGCGGAGAUCAAAGCCAACAACCCCGCCGACCUCUCGGGACUCACCAACGUCACGGACGAGGUGGUCCGCAGCAAGCUGCUGGUGUCGCUGGCGCUGCUGGGCACGGACAACCGGGAGGCCGCGGGGGUCCUGUACCGGACCCUGACCCACAUCGACACGGUGAUCAACAACUACGGGCUGGCGCUGAACGACGGCAGGACGGAGGAGCAGUUCCUGCUGCUGUUCACCAUGGCCUGCAACCACCCAGCCUUCAACUUCCACCAGAAACAGGUGCUGAGGCAUCAGCUGGGCCACAUCCAGGACAUCCUGCAGGCUGGCAGAGGAGGAGGAGGAGCAGGAGGAGGAGCAGGAGCAGGAGCAGGAGGAGGAGGAGAAGCUGCAGCAGAAGCUGGCAGUGAUGGAGCUGCUGGUUGCUAUGGUGUGCAGCCUCAUUCCCACUUCCACCGCCAGGCCGCCGCCGUGCCUCAGGCCGCCGCCGUGCCUCAGGCCGCCGCCGUGCCUCAGGCCGCCGCCGUGCCUCAGGCUGCCGCUGUGCCCAACGCCAGCACCACCUACCUGCCAACCUGCUACUGGCACAAGAACCAGAGCAGAGAGGUGUCGACGGGGUCAGGCCCGUCUUGCGGCGCAGCGUUGGGAAACGAAGAGCAGGCGGUCCACCAGGAGCUGCCGGCCCCUCGCCCAGAGCGCCGCUCUCCUCCGCCGCCCCUGCAGGUCCAGGAUGCAAGCAGGAGCCGCCAGGAGAAAUCAGCGAAAGCUGUGAUUGAGCGGGUGGUGCUCAGAAGAGCGAUCCACAAGCCAGAGAACGGCAGCGAAUAUGUGUUUGAGGUGGGCUGGUCCGACGGUUUUACAUCAUCUGUUGUCAGAACUCAACAGGAAGUGGCAGAGCUCAUAUCCCAGCUCUCUCAGGUGUUUCCUGACGAUGGACUGGAGAAGUUCCUCCCUCAAUCCGCAGAGGUCGACACCAGGUGUCUGGCUGCGCUGCCCAGCCUCGUCCUGCAGCAUCACUCCGUCCAGCUGUUCUUCACCUCCAGCCGACCUUUGACCCCCAGCUGCCCCGCGUCUCCUCCCUCCACCAGGUUACCUCCGGCUUUCCCCACCUGCUCAUCCUCCAACCCCGGCUGUAUGGUGCAGUACAGAGGAGCUAACAGGGCGUUGUACCGGGUGGCCAGCGUCCAGCCCGUGGUCAGCACCCACAGCUCGGUUCUGACCCGCUCCCCGCCUCACCUGUCCUCCCUCCUGCCUCCCCCCACGCCGCUGCCUCCCUCCAUGCACCACCUCCACCCUCCACCCAGCACCCAGUCGCUGCACCUGUCCCACUCCCAGCAGGUGUCCCACUCCCCCUCCCUGCCCCGCUCCCAGUCCCAUCCGGCCCAGUUAACGCAGAAUCAACCCAACACGCCAGAGCAGAACGGCAUCCUGGACUGGCUGCGUAAACUCCGGCUCCAUAAGUACUACCCAGUCUUCAAACAGCUCACCAUGGAGGAGUUUUUGGCGCUGACGGAGGAAGACCUCAACAAGUACGACUUGACCCAGGGAGCGAAGAAGAAACUCAAGACUCAGCUGGAGCUUCAAAAGUCAGCAGACAGGGAGAUGAAGACUGAGAAGCGGCCCUGCAGCGGCAUCGCCAGGGUUACACCGUCCAGUCACAUGGGAAUCUCAGUGCACCCCACCUCCACUGCAGGAGAGCUGCGAGUGGAGGUGGACGGAGUGCCACAUCUUCCUCUUCCUCCUCCUCCUCCUCCUGCUCCUCCUCCUCACCUGAUGCCCACAGACAGCAGCUCCUCCUGGAUGUCGCUCUGCUGCGACUCGGCCUUCGACAGGAGCAGAGACGCUGUGGGCCGUCCGAACGCCGCCGGCGGUACAGAGAAGGAGCGCUUCCUGUUGAGCUCUGCCGGUCCGUCCCGUCCCACGGCUCAGGUUCUUCCGGUUCAGACCGACCCGGCGCCCCUCCACCCCCCGUCCUGCUCCUCCCACCUCCCCCUCAGCGUCCUGCAGACCGCCUUCCCGCCGCAGCCCAGCUUCCCGACUCGCGUCCUGUCCUCCCCCAGGAAGCCACGCCCCUCGCCGCUUGGCGCAGACGACCGCGCGAAGCCGCUGGGCGCCGUGGCGGCAGGAUCCGGGUUCAGCCUGGGGCCCGGGGUCGGCGUGGCGGCGCGGCUGGAGAGCCAGUUCUCAGGGCUCAGCGUGGCGGACGGCGGCCCUCAGGAGGCCGCGGCGUCCCGUACGCGACCCGGCGCCGCCGUGGGUCUGAUGGUGGAAACAAGCUCCGCCCUCACCUCCACCUCCAACAGCCUGCACCACGUCUCCCAGCCGCCGCUCCUCUUCCACCUGUCCUCCUCCCCGACCGGGUACCACAUCUACCCCCCCGCCUCAUCCGCCCCGCCCGCCAACGCCGCCGGGAACCAGUACUACCAGUCUCCCUCCAGCCCCGCCCUGCCCACAUCCGCGCCGCCCUCCUCCAAUCAUAACGCCUCUGUGUGUGUCUGCAGCUCCUGCGGUUGCCACGGUAACUGCAGCCCGUACGCGGCGAUGUCUGGAUACGCCGCCGCCGGCUACCUGCAGCCAUCUUUGUUCACCCUGGGGCCGCUGCUCCACCUCAGCCCGCUCAUCGCCUCCUCCAGCGCCGCCGCCCCGCCCUUCUCCUACCCCAUGAUGGUCCCGCCUCCGCUCUACCGCCAGAGCCCCACGUCACAUGACCAGCAGCAGAGCUUCGGCUUCUACCAGCCGCACGGCAUUGUGGGAAACGGAGGCCAGAAGCGUGCGGUAGGAAACAUGUCGUGCUACAACUGCGGCGGCGGCGGACAUCGAGCCGAGGACUGCAAGCAGCCGGCGAUGGACUCAGUGCAGCAAGGAACAUUUCGGCUGAAAUUCACUCCUCACUCUCAGAGUAAAGACUCAGGAGAAUGAACCACGGAGAGGCGGUGACCUUUGACCUGCUGGAAGCGUUUUCACCUGCAGGAACGAACCAGCGAGUCGGUGAAACGCUGAUGGAGAAACGUUCAACUUUCCAACAAACCGGAGCUUCAGCCUCAGACUGACUGCAGGAAGAGCUUCACGCUUCCUCACCGCGGCAGCAGCUGCUCAGCCAAACCAGGGAGUUUGAACUUUGGCUUUUCACUUUUCAGACUCUGUAAUUUCAGUAUUAUCCUUCAUUUUAACGUCAUGCUGCAGUCAGGUUUCAAUCGGCUGAGUUCAAAAUAAACAAUCAAAAGGAGAUUUAAAAACAGGGUGAAACUUUUCUCCGACGAGGCGUUCGGGUGACGGCCGAUUCAGAACGACCAAUCAUUUUUAAGCAGCGGCUGAGGGAACGUCGCCUCUGCAGCGUUUCUACCUCAGAUCUGAGCUGAAGGCAGAAUCAUGGAAACAUUUCAAAUACACCAACUUUCACUCCCUCCUCCUUCAGAUCCGACCUAAUCAGUGUCAAACGUCUGCGCAGCAAAUGUUUUUCUGUCAUUUUAAACGUAUUAAAAAUGUAAAAAACGUAUGCUGCACAAAAGCAGUGCAGUUGAUUGACAUUUGAUUAUCUCUAAUUAGUACGUUUAAAAUAUUAGUGGCACAAACAAAAAACUACAGCACAAACCUGGCACAGUUCAAUUAAUUAAUCUAAAUUAAUUAGCACAAUUAAUUUAGAUCAAAUUUGUUAGAUUUUGUUCAUUUUGAUUGGAUACAUGAACUUUUUGCUGCACAAAACUAGUGCUGUUGACUGACACCAUAUUUGUUAGACUUUUUAAAUAUGUGUGUUGUCGUUGACCUUUGAUGACCUCUCCGGGCAUUUAAUCACAUCUUUAAAAUGAUUGUGGCACAAAUAAAAUUUUGCAGCACAAACGUUUGACACCGAUUUGGUUUAAAUUGAAGGUUUUAGGGCCAAUUCACUCAGGUCCGACUUUCUCCGUGUUUGGUUGGGUUUUCCUGUUUUGUGUUGCUCCUGCAGACUAGCGGCUGCAGGAGCAACAUGUCAUGCUGCACGGCGACGUGUGUAUCGGUGUGUUGGGGUCUGAGGUGUGUGACUCUGGGCUGGACCCGGAUCAGCUCUGCUCUCCUGGAGGGAGCACAGGAAGCAAGAAAGGGAUUUAAUUUAAAAUACUAAACGUCCGAUUAAGUUCUGCUGAAAAUAAAUAAAAAAGGUUUGUUUGUGUUUUGAGAUGAUUGUAUCAAAAUGUUCUGGGUUGUAUUAUUAUUUUGGGGGAAUCUCUUGUUCAACUUUCAUAGUUUUUGCUCCUGUUGGAUUUUUUUUUUUUUUUUUUUUUUACAGCAGCGUUUGAUGUUACUUUUUAAAAUGUUUUGUUUGCAAACGUUUCAGCAGUUUGUCUGGAGUUCAGGUUUUAUAUUUUCUGAUGUUUGGUAGUUUCUCUUCAGAUUUAAGGCUCUUUAUGUUUCUUUAUUUCCUUAACGUUGUAAUAUAAAGAAUUUAAUGGCGUCAUUAUUCACAUCGCUACUGUUAAAACUUUGAAUAACUGCCUCUAUUUUCACAUUCGACGAGAUUCUUCGUCAUCCGGAGUCGUGGUUCCUCUUUUAUGCUUCUGAUCAGAAACUGAUCGUAUCAAACUUUUGCAGAAACACGU